AUGAAUAAGUUAAUUGAGGUGAAACAGAAUAUACAUAUUUAUUAUUAUUCAAGCAGUCAAACUACUCAUACCACGAAACCUGACGGGACUGAAAUAAUCAAAUUUAAAAACGGACAGUCAGAGACCCAUUAUCGAAACGGCUCCAAGGACAUAAUAUUUCCUGAUGGCACAAUCAGACAUGUGCUUCCCUCUGGAGAAGAGAAAAUUAAAUUCUCUGAUGGAGUCACACAAAGAGUUCUAACUAAUGGAGACAAGAUCAUUGACUUCCCUGAUGGGCAGAGAGAAACACACACAUCUCUGUACAAAAGAAGAGAGUAUCCUGAUGGGACUGUGAAGACAGUGUAUCAAGAUGGCCGUCAGGAGACCCAGUAUGCUAAUGGCAGGCUAAGGAUUAAGGACCCAGAUGGGAGAGUUGUUUUAGACAGAUUACCCACAGUGCCUCCUCCUCUAAAAGCCACUCCUCAUUCGUUCUCUCAACCUUCUUGAAGCUAUGAUGUCCUUAUGAUGUCUGUGACCAAUGUUUUUAAAUGCAUCUAUUAUGAACAGUCUGGUGUUUCAUUUAACCUUCUUCUUCUUCAUUUAC